UUUUUGUUUUUUUGUUUAUUUUGUUACCCUGGUGUGGUGUCAAAGAAGAUGCUGGUAGACCUCAACAACAUUGUAAAAUUAGAGUCAGACCAAGCUAAGUUGACAACGGUUUUGAUAGCCCAGCCUGUGCAAGUGUUAAGUAUAUGUCAUAAUUUCAUAAGUUUUAUGUUUAAAAUAACACUUGCACUGUCAAGGCUGUCAAAAUAGCUGUCAACCUUCAUUUAAACAAACAAAGCAUUUCAUCCAACCUCGACAUUGGCAGAAUCAUCAACACCUUGAUGGAGCCAUAACACGAAAAAUUGAUUGAUUGAUUGAACCUCGACAUUGGCAGAAUCUUCAACACCUUGAUGGAGCCAUAACACGAAAAAUUUAUUGACUAUCAUUAAAUUUUUUUACAAAUGCUUAAAGACAAGGAGCCUACUACUGAAGAUCUAUUGUGCAGCUGCCAUUUUAUUAAUGGUGAUAAAGCAAAUUUGCCAACUGUAUUUGCACAUAGUAAUACAAGCAUUGAAGACUUUGCAUCAUCGGAAACUGUUGUUGACAAGGCAACAUCAACUGAUUUAACGGAUCAGCAAAAAACAAAAACAGGUGAGUGGGAGUGCAGGGCUUGUCUUGAGAAAGUUGGUCCCACCAUAAGCCUAGUUAAUCUUUUUGAUCCUUGGGCAUCACCGUGGGAAGGAAUGGAAAGUACUGUAGCCGAAGACCUUGCUAAAGUUGGACAUAUCAAGCUAUCAUCAACAGAUCAACAUUCAAAGUUUAUCUGCAGCACUUGUUACACAAAACUGCAGAAUGCGUGUACUUUCGCUGCAGUUGUACAAAAAAGUGAUAGAAUUCUUAGACAGCGGUACCCUCAAGCAGAUUUAGAUCCGGGUGAUGCCACCGUGUGGCCCAAACCUAUUCAACUAGAACAAAAUAUUAAUGAUACUGUUUUUGAAAAUCCCAUGGAUAUAGAAAUUAAACAAGAAGUUCUGUCUGAUGAUGACUAUGGUGAGAAUGGUAAUGGAUGUUCUGAUACACAAUACAAGGAGUUAGCAGAUGCAGAAAUAAAAAUAGAGCCUGAGGAAUGGAUAAAACCACAACCUAUUAAGAUCAAUGGUACAUUUUCAUACCAUGAGGGAACUGAGCAUUCUGCACAGCCAAAUGGAAAUGAAAUGCUGGAAGAGUUUUUAGAUGCACCAUUGAAAGAGGAACCCACUAGUGAGAUAGACUCUGACCCUGUACCUACUGACCUUCCUCUGGAGUGUAUGCUGUGUGCCAAGUCAUUCCACAGUGUAUCUGGGCUGAAGGCUCAUGUGAUAGCUCAACAUUCCUAUAAAUCAGUAAAAAGAAAGAUUGGGGGAAAACAGUCGCCACUAAAGAAGAAGGAUAAAUACGUGUGCUCAACAUGUAGACGAAAUUUUGUAACAUCGACAGAUCUGAUGGUUCAUGAGACAUGCCACAACAAAGCCAUAUGCUACGGGUGCAACCAGAAGUUUGACUCAUUCGAACAGCUAUCCAGGCAUCGUGUGCUCUGUAAAGUUAUCACUACACAACACCUACCAAAGCCCAAGACCCUGGAAGAUGUCAAACGGAUAAUAGCUGAGGAACACAAAUCCACUGAUGAUGAGGAUUUGCCGAAGGAACACCUCGAGUGUCACCUCUGCACAGAGAGGUUCAGCGAUUCAUACUACAUGAGAAUCCAUCAAGAGAUCCACCACAGCAGCGAGCAGCCCGAGCCGGCCGCGCCGCCGCCACCGUCGCCCGACGAUGGCGCGCGCGGCAUGGACCCCGCCACACUUGAAAGCAUCUUCAGCGAAGAUCAAUAAACUCAACAAAUGUAUAUCAAUUAUAAUAAGCAGUGGCCGGAAUUUUCGUGGCAGUUUUGAAUUGUCAUAGUGACUUCUCAUUUAUCGAUUUCCACAGUGGCGUGCACAGAGUUUUGAGACUAGGUGGACAAAGACAAAACAUAAACUAGUGACUCUGUGGGUUGUAGACCUCGCAAUUCAUAAGCUUAAUAAUCUAAAAACAAAUAAUACUUAUUUCGUGGAGUCAUUAUCACGGCGUACUCACAAUAGUCAUAAGGGCCAAAGACCCUAAUGGCACUUAAGGCCUUUAUGCCAGUUCCUAUCAUAUUCAACAUUUUCCAAAAAAACGAAACGACAGAUAAAUUCUAUAUAACUACUGAACCUGCUCACAGAAUUUCACGAGAAUCGGUUGAGAAUUGCGACCUGUAGAAGAGAACAUUCGGUCAUACGAAAGCAGUUUGCCCUACUAAGUCUACUAACUUACCAAAAAAUGUUUCAUGGUUUUAAUUGCGUUGUCAAGUCGGUAUGAUUUUUACUGAAAGAAAACUAGUUGGCACAUACACACACACACACACACGUACGCGCGCACGCACGUACGCACGCAUGUUUGUGUGCGUUACUUGUAUCAUUGUGUGCACGUAGUUAUAGGAAUAGAUCGCGAGCCAGGAAGUUUCCAUGACCAAUCGCCUCCCGGCUGAAAACUCGUGUAGUGGUUAACGGCUAGGUAUGAUUAACCCUCGUGGACGUCAGCUGCCGCUCCGUCGGUGGGUUGAGGAAUGGCAGCCACCGAAACACGUAAAACAACCAAAAAAAUUGUCAUCGCCUCCUGUUUGAUACUUUGUCAAAUGAUAGUUCAGAUGUUGUUGUUAAUUUAAAAAAUCAUCAGCCGGUUAUAUCGCGGUGGUAAGAACAUCAGCUGCUGCUGCUUGCUUGCUUGCUGGUUGCAUGUAAAAAUAAGCGCUAAACUUUAUGAUAGCAAUAACACAUAAUGAAACUUUGCAUGUAGCAUUUUAACAGGCAUAAACACCUGAAAAACCAUCAAGGGAUUACGCAAUUUACACAUUACGCAUACUUUGCCGCACAUAAAGUGGUAAAGCGCAUAUUUUUUACAUGUUCAUUUUACAGCUGACGGUCAUUCCACCGCGAUAGAACCAGCUGACGUUUUUUUAGUUUAAAACAGCAUCUAAACUAUCAGUCGGGAGGCGGUGACUGACGAAAUAUGUCCCUGGCUCGCGGUCUAGAAGGUGUACUACACUGAUUCGCGUAACUACGAUGCACACAUAUACAGGUUAAGUCAGGACUGCUUUCUGUCUUGACGUAUAAAGCACACAGCGGCGCUAGUACCGCGUGGUAAGAAUGUUGUCGAUAUUUUACAUUAGCGAUAACCAUUGACCGAUAGAUGGAGCGGUUUUAUGUUUUUAGAUUGUUUUGUUAACUUUAUGGGUUACUAAAAAAAAAGUACGACCAAGUAAAAGUGAAAAAAGGAUUGAUAUCGGAAUGGUAGGCAGUGUCUUUAUGAAGUGCACGCCCCUGGAUUUCCGAUAUAAAUAUAUCGAUACAUUAUAGCACACAAUAUAUUAAAAAGAUAAAAAGUAGAGGCAAACAACAGACAGCCUUAACGCUAAAAAGCGAUCUCUUCCAGGUAUAUUUUAAGUAGUAGAAAAUGUAAAACAGAGAUGUGCAAUAAAAAGUUAAUAGUUGAAAAUAUCACAUUCUAUCAGUUCAAUUCAGUGUUUUUAUGUCAUGUUCUAAGUCUGUUUUUGUGCUAAUAAGUGUUCUAUUAGUUUCUCUAUAAAAUAAAUGGAUAGUCAUAUUUUUUUCCAUACCAUUUGGUUUUAAAUUACUUCUUUUACAGUCGGCAUUUCUGUAUGUAGGAAAAUAAUGCUCUACGUUGGCUUAUAAUAUCGAUAUAAUUUAGGUGAAGUCGAUAAAUGAGAAGACACUAUGACCACAAAAUACAAAAUAAUAAAAAUAACGGCCCUCGCAGUAAUCAAGGUCAGGUUUCGGUAUUAUAAAAUACACGAUAGAUGACUGUUUGUGCGGUGAAUGGGUGUCCCAAUCUAUCAUUAAAUAAAAACAAAUCGCCUGAUAUUACAUUUCACGCGUAAGUAUCGAUAGCACAAUCGGAUUAGGACCAACCUCGAAAUCUCUGGAACAGUCAUGAAAUUUGGUAUGUAUAUAAAUUAAAGUCCCCUUUUCCAUGCCCACACCUUUUGACAUUCGGGCACCUCGAGGAAUGCUGCACAGCCAUCUUGGAAAAUGAGUACCAUCCAGGAGAAAUUAGCGUUUUACUCUAAAUCUACAUUCUUUAUGAAAAUAUUGUGUAAGGCAACAUUAAAGCUUAUUAAAUUCUACACAGAAGUACACGUCUUUUUUAUUUUUUCUAUUUUUCUCAGGAUCUAUGAGUUUUAUGGGAAUAUUGUGUAUGGCGAAAUGGAAGCUUAUUAAAUUCCACAGAAAAAUGACAUGUGAUAUUAUGUCCUAAAACGAAGCCUUCUUCUACAAAUUCAAAAGUUUAUUAGAUUUCUUUUUUUUUUUGUUGGGUAGAUAGUGUACACACAAAAGUGGAAUUCAUAUCCCUCCGAGUUUCCUAUUAAAUGAAUGUCCCCUGGAAGUGUGUAAGCGUGAAGGGCGUACUCCCAUCUUAAAGGCCGGUAACGCACUUACAACCCCUCCGGUGUUGCAGGUGUCCAUGGGUGGCGGUAAUCGCUUACCAUCAGGUGAUCCGUCUGCUCGUUUGCCUCAUGUAUCAUAAAAACAGCGCUAAAUCUAGAUUUAGAUUAUUCUAUAACAAGAUGUAUUUUUUUCGCAAAGGUAUCCCGGACUUUUUUGUGUAGAAUGUAAUAAACUUUAAUGUUGUUUUACACCAAUUUUGCGAUUUUCUCCGGGAUAGUACAAAUUUUCCAAGAUUGCUGCGAUUCCUCGAGGUCCCCAAAUGUCAAAUGGCAUGGACAUGAAUAAGGGGCCUUUAACUUAUAUACAUAUCAAAUUUCAGGACUGUCCAAGAUAUUGCGAGGUUUGUUCUAUUCCGAUUGUGCUAAUAUACAUAUAUAUAAUAUGUGACAACUUAAAAACACAAAUCAAAAUAUUUGUUAAAAAUAAUUUGAUUUGUUGCCAAAAUUUGGGAUAAGUGAUUGUGUACAGUGUUCGGCUAUUAUAGAAAUUGUACUGUAUGGCUUUUUUUUCCUUUUGUUUAACAAUUUUAUUAUAAUUAUAUCAGACUUAUUAUACAGAUUUCUUAUAUCAGAUCUAUUUUAAACAUGAAGAAAAACAUAUUGUAUACUUAGAUUUCAACUGGUAUUCUAAGUUGUUAUUAUAAAUUCUCAUUGUGUGUAUUUUGAACUUAUACAUUAUAAAAAUUAUAGUAUAAUCUUAUGCAUGUGGUAAAUAUAUUGAGCCAAGGCGCAUGGCACAAGUAAA